UCCGUUGAUAGACAGUUUAGUUAUAUCGGUCGUUGGUGAAACAACUAAGUAGUGUAAAUAAAAUUAAUUAUAAAUUAAUAAUGGUAAUAAUGUUCAAACGGGACUUUGUGCUUCUAUGUUUUGUUUUGGCCUCGGUGUUCGGCCAUCCAAAGGAUAUAACAACCACAUCAACAACGAAGCCGGAGCUAAAGAACAGAUUCUUCGGUUUGGAAAAUAUUCUGGGACCAAUAUUCCACGGGCCAGGAUAUUUCAAUCAGCAAAAUCAUCAACCACAAUUCAACAACUGGCAACAAAUGCAGACACCAAAUCAAGCACAAUUCUAUCCUCAGGGCGGUUUCGGACCAAACAAUGUUGGCCCUGGCCAAAACCAGUAUUCACCAGUUCAGUAUCCUAAUCAACAGACUAACCAACAGUUUGACCAAUACCCUUCCCAGCAGUUUAAUCAAUACCCGUCCCAACCAAACCAACAAGGAAACUUUAACGGUAACAAUUUUGGACAAAACCAAAAUAUGAACACUGGCAGUGGCACUUUAGACGAUAUUCCAAUUCAGAAUGGCAACAUCCCUGGAAAUUGGAAUCCUGGAAACCAGUUCCAAAAUCAAAAUCAGCAGCAGUUCCAAAAUCAAAAUGGAAACCAGUUUCAAAAUCAGAACCCCCAAGACAGCUACAAUCCAGUAGCCAUAUUGGGAAAACCCGUUGCUAUGACUACAACUUCUGUCCCAGAUAGCAUUGUAUUCCAGGAUGGGUGGGUAUAAUUACAGUUAUUUGAGGUAAAGUAAAUACUUUGCCCACACAGACAUUACAUAAGCUCAGUUUCUAAGCGAAAUUGUUUUGAAAUCUUUUCUCUGACUAUAAAUUUUCAUGUUCAAUAUUUAAGUAUGUUUAAAUGACUAGUAGGCAUUUUGUUGUUAAAAGGUAUACAUUAAAACGAUAGUUUAAACGUAAGUAAA